AUGCCAGGAAGAGUUCCGCACAAUGUAGAGCGCGAUGCUGAACAUGCGGAAGUGGGGAAAGUUGGACUCAGUGAGUCGAGCCCUUUGCUCGAAAAGCCGAAAGAAUUGUCACUCUUGAGAAGUCCCGUGCAAUGGUACCGCACAUUGUCGCAGAGCUACUCGUGGAAGCUGCUGGCCAUGGUGGCGUGCACGAGCCACCUGUUGAAGGGCUUCGUAGCAGGCGGCGGCGACGAAGGACUGAUCGGGAAGCCGGCAGAGUUCCUGUUCAGCGAGCUGGGCAUGUCAGCCGGAAGGCUUCAGGCCUUGAAGGCAGUUGCAAUCGUGCCAUUCGCGCUGAAGCCGGUCAUCGCCUUGCUCAGCGAUGCUUUCCCGAUAUGUGGCUACCACAAGCUUCCGUAUGUGGUCGUUUUCACGAUCAUAUCAUUCGCUUCGCUUGCAUCUCUGGGCUUCGGCUUUGCGGUGACGGAAGCCGCGGUGGUCUCCGCUUUGUUCCUUGCCUUCCUCCAGGUUGCCGGUGUAGAUGUGCUCAUGGCGGCCAAGCAAUCUGAAGAAGUAAAGAAGCAGGCAAGCUUGGGUCCUGACUUCUACACCUACACCUGGCUGGGUAUCAACGCAGGACAGGUCCUCAGUGUUUGCUUCCUUGGGCCUGUAAUUGCUGUGAUGGGUGCUCGAGCGCCUUAUCGCUUUGCCGCACCUUUAGUUCUCGUGGUGUUGUGGCCGGCGCUGGGGAACUUCAUGGGCGAGAAAAAGGAGCUCACCGGGGGCGGGCUUCCUUGGGUCUUCCGGCAGCAUGGUGUGCUUUGCGCCCUUACAUUGAUGAUCGGCGUGCUGGCUUUCGGCUUGGUUGUCUCCACUUUCCUGUUGGAUGAGCAUCGUCUGGCUCCGAUCGCCGCUUGCAUGGCGGCCGUCGUGCUCGGCUCCUUCGCAUUGUUCAUCAGGCGGGAGAUUGCAGGACCAGUGAUUUUCUUCUUCCUGCUGGGCCUGCUCAGUAUCAACAUCGAUGGGGCACUGUUCUACUUCUGUACUGACAGUGCUGCGGAGUUUUCCGACGGACCGCACUUCACCCCGCAUUUCUACAUCACAGGCAUUGGUGCGGCAUCAUUCUUGGGAAUCACUGUGGGCUUCGCCACUGGACCAGAGAUUUUUCGAUCGUGGAGCUACAGGAGCAUUUGCAUGGUUACCCUCGUCUUGCGUGCAUGCACUCAGCUGGCCAUGUUGCCAGUGCUUUGCCGUUGGACGCUAGCCUUUGGAAUUCCAGAUAGUCUUUGGCUGCUGGUGGUUAUGGGCCUCGACAGCAUGGUGCAAGCAUGGCGCUGGAUCCCCAAACAGGUGCUGGCAGCUCAUUUGGCCCCAAGAGGUGUCGAAGCGACAACCUUGGGCUUACAUGCGGGGACCUUCAACAUGGCCUCCAUCUUGAGCUCCUACAUCGGUGGCUACCUUCUGACAUUCAGCGGGGUCUCGCCCACAGGAUCAUUGCAAGAGGGGCGUCAGUUCCAAAGCCUCUGGAAAGUGCAGUGUGUUGCCGCCUUCCUGCCGCUGCUGCUUCUGCUGCUUGUACCUGUCAUGCUGCCUCAGCGGUCGCAGACAGAGGCGCUUCUGGAGGAGUGUGAUGAUUCGGCCACACAUAAUUCCUUAUUUCAACGACUCUGUCAGCCAAACCGGCGAUGA